AUGAAAAAUGCAAUAGUCAGAGAACUAGAAAGGCGCCUGAUGUCUGAGACAAGAUCUGACACCAUCUUAGAAGUGUCAAUCAAAACUGAAGCUGUUAAAUGUUACAAUAUUUUAAAGUGCAUCAUUGAUGUUGUUCUCUUCUUGGGAGAACGUGAUCUGGCAUUUACUGGUUCAUCCCAUCGAAUUGGUGAUUCAAACAAUGGAAACUUCUUAGGACUCAUUGAAGUGCUCUUCAGGUGCGACCCCAUCCUUCAGGAACAUGUGCUAAGUGUAGAGGAGUUACAGAAAAGGAGCGAGCAGCUUCAAGUUCAUUAUCUGUCCCCUGACUCACAAAAUGAAUUUAUUGCAGAAUGCUCGAACCUUUGCAGGGAAGAAAUUGCUCAGUUGAUAACUGAUACAUUGAAAGAACAUGUUAUUCCUCUCAGUGAUUGUAGAGCUCAAGCCUAUGAUAAUGUGGCAAAUGUGACUGGAAAAUACAACGGCGCACAAGCAAAAAUACAAGAACAACGCUCAACAGCAAUUUUUUCACCUUGUGGUUGUCACACACUCAACUUAUGUGGAAAUGAUGCUGCUGAAUGCACACCUGAAGCAAUAACCCUUUUUGGAACAAUUCAAACUGUGUACCACUUGUUCAGUUCCAGUCCCAAGCAGUGGGGAUUACUACAAAACUGUAUUGGUUGUUCUCUUCAUGAUAUGUCUGAAACAAGAUGGUCAGAUCGUGUUGAAUGUGUAAAGCCUUUUGCAGCUCACUUGCGUGGCAUUAAAUUAGCACUGAAGACCUCCUAG